AUGAAGACCACUGCCUUCUUCACCUUCAUUGGCGCCGCCAGCGCUCUUGUCGCCCGUCUCCCUCCCAUCGCCGGAACGGCAUUCGAGGCACCCAACACGCUCAUCCAGUACCAGCGAUGGUGCCCCGUGUGUGAGACUGUUGCUCUCAACCAGGCGUGCAUCGCCAAGCGCGCCAGCUGCCAGUCCAGCACCCUCGUCGUCCCUGACAGUGCUCCGGAGUGCUCCGAGCGCUGCAGCAACACUUGCCAACUGUCGCCUGUCUCGGACAGCGACUACGGCUACAGCUGCAACGUCACCAUGCCCGCAACUGGCGCCAACUAA